CUCUUUCACACCACAACGCAACGACCUCACUAUCCUUCGGUCUGCCUCGUUAGCUUAUGCACAGCGAAGUAUUCCCAUCUUGAUCACGAUGAGUUCACCACUCCACCCCAACAUGUCUUCCGCGAAUCGUGGCGUGGGACCUAGCAGCAGAAGAAACAAGCGUGCGAGGGAUGAUGGAGACCUCCCAUCGUCUGCGGCGCAUCCGCCUUCGAGCCCAAUGGCUUCCUCUCCGCCCAUGCUGCCUCAAGACGACGACGCAGACAUGCUUGAUGAUGACGACAUCAUCCGUGACGUCGACGAUUUAGACGAAGAUGCCGAAGAAGCUGAGGGAAUCGACCUCUUCGCUGACGACUUCGAGAACGACUACAGAACGCGAGAGAACGAUGCCUACGAAGGUCAAGGUAUUGACGAUGAAGGAGAUUACGAAGAGCUCAGCCUUUCACAAAGGCGAGAGCUUGACGCGCGCCUCAACGCCCGUGAUAGGGAAGCACGGCGUCGUAUGCCUGCCGCCUUCUUGCCAGAUGAGGAUGAGCAGGAUGGUUUGGCCGAUCUCAUGGGGCGCCGACGUGUACGAAGACAUCGUUACGACGAAGAGGAUGACAUGGACAUGGCCGACGAUAUAAUGAACGAGGAAUUGUCGCUGGAGGCACUCACCGAUGUGAAAGCAAACACAUUGACCGAUUGGGUCGCCCAGCCCCAAGUUGCCAGAACGAUUGCCCGCGAGUUCAAGUCAUUCCUCACAGAGUACACAGAUGAACAGGGCCAUUCCGUCUACGGAACCCGCAUUCGAACGCUUGGUGAGAUUAAUGCCGAGUCACUGGAGGUGUCUUUCGACCAUCUCGCCGAACAGAAAGCUACACUAGCGUACUGGCUCGCCAACACGCCAACUGAGAUGUUGAAGAUCUUUGACCAAGUGGCAAUGGAAGUCGUGCUCAUUCACUACCAAGAUUACGAGCGUAUACACUCGGAGAUUCACGUUCGCAUCACUGAUGUACCUGUUCAGUAUACUCUCCGCCAGCUUCGCCAGUCCCACCUAAACAGCCUAGUCCGCGUCAGCGGAGUCGUUACACGCCGAAGCGGAGUCUUUCCCCAGCUCAAGUACGUCAAGUUCGACUGCACAAAGUGUGGUGUGACACUUGGUCCGUUCCACCAGGAUUCGAACGUCGAGGUCAAGAUCUCCUUUUGCCAAAACUGUCAGUCACGCGGGCCGUUCACUGUCAACUCUGAGCGGACAGUCUACCGCAACUAUCAAAAACUCACCUUGCAGGAGUCUCCCGGAACUGUUCCUGCUGGUCGUCUACCUCGGCAUCGCGAAGUCAUCCUUCUUUGGGAUUUGAUCGAUUCUGCAAAGCCUGGUGAAGAGAUUGAGGUCACUGGUAUCUAUCGAAACAACUACGAUGCUGCGUUGAAUAACAAGAACGGCUUCCCCGUUUUUGCUACGAUCCUCGAGGCCAACUACGUUGUCAAGUCUCAUGAUCAGCUGGCUGGCUUCCGGCUGACGGACGAAGAUGAGAAAGAGAUUCAACGACUAGCUAAGGAUCCCCGCAUUGUGGACAAGAUCAUCAACUCGAUUGCACCUAGUAUUUAUGGACACACUGAUAUCAAGACUGCCGUCGCCCUGUCUUUAUUUGGGGGUGUCAGCAAGGUAGCGCCUGGACGCCAUUCCAUUCGUGGCGACAUUAACGUAUUGCUCCUCGGAGACCCCGGUACCGCCAAAUCUCAGAUCUUGAAGUAUGUUGAAAAGACAGCUCAUCGUGCUGUUUUCGCGACGGGUCAAGGUGCAUCCGCUGUUGGUCUAACAGCCUCAGUUCGCCGCGACCCAAUGACGAGCGAGUGGACUCUAGAAGGUGGAGCAUUGGUGCUCGCUGACAAGGGCACCUGCUUGAUUGAUGAGUUCGACAAGAUGAACGACCAGGAUCGAACUUCUAUUCACGAAGCCAUGGAACAGCAAACAAUCUCCAUUUCGAAGGCUGGCAUAGUCACAACUCUCCAGGCUCGAUGUUCGAUUGUGGCAGCUGCUAAUCCAAUCGGUGGCCGCUACAACUCGACCAUUCCAUUCUCACAAAACGUCGAACUCACGGAGCCCAUUUUGUCCCGUUUCGACAUCCUCUGCGUAGUCCGCGAUACUGUUGACCCGAUCGAAGAUGAGCGACUGGCUAAGUUCGUCGUGAACUCUCAUGGCCGAGCACACCCCUUAGUCAACUCGGCAUAUGGUUACUCAGACAAGUCAAAGGCACUCCAGAACGGCGAUGAUGAAGAGGGUAUGGAAGUGGACAGGGCUGCUCCAGUUAAGGACGGCGAGAUCCCACAAGAGUUGUUGAGAAAGUAUAUUUUAUAUGCGAGGGAGAAAUACAGCCCGAAGCUGUACCAGAUCGACCAAGACAAGGUUGCUCGUCUCUUCGCAGACAUGCGCCGCGAGUCCAUGGCCACUGGAGCUUAUCCCAUCACCGUCCGUCAUCUUGAAGCUAUCAUGCGUAUCGCAGAAUCCUUCUGCAAGAUGCGUUUAUCAGAACACUGCUCCCCGCUCGACAUUGAUCGCGCGAUUGCUGUCACGAUAGAUUCCUUCGUUGGCUCACAAAAGGUCAGCGCGAAGAAGGCUCUGGCAAGGGCUUUCGCCAAGUAUACACUCAAUAGGCCUGGUGCGGUUCGAGCACCUGCUCGGGGUGGUCGGCAAGCGCAAAGGGCGGCCGCUUGAGUAGAUGAUAUGUGAAUAACGAAACGAUGACAUGGCGGAGUUGACUGUCACCUUCUUGUAUACUGGACGAAAUAAACGCAUUGAUACACCAGGCCAGGAAGCGCAGUGUGAGAAGGGUCAUGGACGGGUUGCAUAGGAAGCCACUGGCGUCCGGAGUUCAAUAUAUACCUUUACAUCAUGUGUGCGAAUCUUGCACAUGAACGAAAUGAAUGUCAU